CUAAAUGUAAAAGAAGUGGUGUGUUGGCAGAGCUGAGAAAUUUGGACCAAAGUACAAUAAAAGAGGGAUUUUUCUCGUCCUCCGUGUCUAUUAAAGCAGCCAGGCAUUUCGUAAUGUGGUAACAUCUCCACUGAACCACAUUUUCUCUCGAUAAAAACAGGAGCUGAGUUGAUUAAAGACAAUGGGCAAGAAAGAUGCCAGCGCAACCAAAUUACCAGUUGAUCAGUAUCGGAAACAGAUUGGUAAACAGGACUAUAAAAAGACCAAGACUGCAUUAAAGGCUACACGACUGAAAGCUGAAGCAAAGAAGAAUUCGUCUGGAUUCAGGGAUGCAUUCCUCGUCAUCGCAGCGAUCCUGCUCUUUGUGCUUUGUGUCUACGCCUUCUUCUACCUCAACCUGAGCACCGAGAUCAACCUGGACGUGGAUGUGGAUUAACUUCUCUGUAUUUAACAUACAAGGGCAAGAGGGUGAUGUAAAGACAUGAAUGACCAUCUAUUUGUAGUUUUUAGUCAUGUAAUAGUGACUACCUAGAGGGUAAAAACACUGGUCCCACAUGACAGCUAAUCUUGGAAACGUAGCAUAGCCCUGUAUGUUAGACAUCUGUUUCAAUCCACAAAUACUGAGAUCUCCUUUGAAAAGAAUUAAAAAGAAUAUUUGUAAUGGAAGUAUUCCAAUAAAGGUAAGACGAUAUCCGAUGACGUAAAUCCAAUCUAAACAUCCUUUUAAUGUCAGGCGAACAUCUUCCCUCAGUCUACACUGAGGGUCUGCUGUUGUGGAUUGAAAAACUUUAUUUUGAAAAAUAUAAAUAUAUUUUCACAGGAUUCUGUAGAAAUGCAACCCAGGCUUGUGUCGCUGUCAGAUGCUGCAUCUAACUGAAUAACAACCAUUUGGCUUCUUACCUAAAUCAAGCUGGUAAAAUAACCAGUGGGCAGGGGAUGAAAGCCUUGUUUUGCCUCAUGUGGUCAUUACAGGGCAUAACAGGCAUGUUUCCACUGCAGGAACCUCAGGGUACAAGUGUGGGGGGGUUACAGGAACGUCCUCUCACCUAGCCGUCUUGGCUGCUGUGUCUCCAUUAUGGAGUUGGACCCACAAUAAUAAGUUAAUUAAUUGCGAUCGUUGUGUGACUGAUUAGGUGGUACAGUAUAAGCAGUGCCUGCAAAUCUGCGUCGGUCCACUUAUCAUACUUUAUUGUUUCAACUGUAAAAUCCAUAGAUACUCCCAAAAUCUACUAUUUCCUGCUCGACUUCUGCAGGACUUUCAAAAUGCCGCUUGUUUCCUCUCCUACUCUGGGCCUACCCAGUCAGCAUCAAGUAAACCUUUAAGCUCCACCCAGGAGUUUUCAGGGGUGUUUGGAGUACCUACUUUGAAGCAGGGACUGGGUUAACCCUGUAAAAAUUCCUGCAGUGGAGACACGCCCCAGUGACCACACCCCCUUAAAACUAGCCGAAGUUGCUGCUCUGGAAACAUACCUAAUGACACAUGAAAACUACGGAUAGCGUCCCAAAACACACACAAGUCCUGUGUGUGAUUUGAGACUGGUUAACACACUAAUGGCAGCACUGAUACUGAAAUUCAGCUACAAGACAACCACAUCAACUAUUGAAGUUUAAAAGCCAUUUUUGAGAUUGUUUGAACACGUGUACAUUUCUAUCCUUGUUUUUUUCUGUGUAUUAAUAUCUGUUGUAUUGGGAACAUGUAUUGAAGCUGUAAAGGGGUUCUACGUAGUAUCAAUAUUCCAAACUCUCAUCAGAACAACAGAUUGGGGAAGCCAUGAACCAGAACACACACACACACACACACACAGUGAACAAAACCACCAGUGAAUCAACACUGGAUCACCAGAAACGUUCACUGAAUAACGUGUGAAGGUCAUUGUUUACACACAUCUGUAUUAUGUUAUCAUCAAGUUUUCUUCUUCAAACAAAAACUGGUUCAAAUAACACUGCGUUUUAGAAUCGUCACAUGCUGCAUCAGCCGAUAGUUUACAUCAUAGCUCUGUUAGCUCUGUUUUUAGACUGAAAACAGACCCAGUGAAACCAUACAUCACCUGUUUUCUCUACAGUUUGUGUUGUCACUACCUGCACUAAAGAUCUGUUUGGAAUCGAACAAAGUCAGAACUGUCACAGUUUAGUCUGAACUGUGCAUCAACAAACAACAACUUAGCAAAGAUAAGAACAUAACAGUAACUUUAUACCUUCAUAAAUCUCAUAAUCCAACUCACCCGUGUUGAAGAAAUGCUGCCAUUUGAGCAUCAAACUGCAUUUGUUUACUUUAGAGCAGCGUUCAGUGGUGGAAACAACAAAAAUGAUUCUACUUGUGAACUAUU